AUAUCAGCCCUACAUGUAGUAAACCUCGUUUUUCUAUGUAUUUUGGUUUUGAUUUGUAAUAUAGUGCGAUAUUUAUGGGCUCUAUGUAUUGUCUGAAUAAAACAAUGAAAUGUAGAAAUGCAGGGAUUCUACUCUCUGAUUAGAAGAGCUGCUUGGAUAAAGGGGUCGUUCGGUCCACAAUAAGACUCAGCCAGUUUGCCUGUGACUAUAUUACUUAUCAACGCAAAGCAAAGCCCUGGAAAAAUUGUGGUUGCUGCGUAUUUAAGGCAACCCGAAAGAUGAAAUAAUCUAUUACUGUGUGUCUAAUGGUGGUAUUAGGUUCCGUGAACGUGGCGAUUGGCGUUCUUAGAGAAAAGCAGAAUAAACUAGCUGCGGCUACGUGUGUCAAGGAGUUCAACCUUCAGGUAGACGAAUGUUAUAAAUUGCUGACCUAACGAACACAUCGUUGAUGCAGAUGCCGGACAUUCGUGAUAAUACAUUAAACAACAAUACCGGCAGCAACAAUGUUUCGACCCUGUCCAACGCUAAAAUGCACGGAAACUUUAAACUGCUAGCUGAUCCACAGUUAGUAAAAUGUGGCGCCAAACUCUAUCGUUACGAUGGCGUCGUGCCAGGAGACCCGACAUAUCCAACAAUAACGCCCAGGGAUCCUCGGAAUCCUCUUGUUCGAAUACGCGCCAGGGCAGUUGAACCACUUAUGCUUUUAAUACCUAGAUUUGUCAUUGAUUCGGACUACGUCGGCCAGCCACCCGCUAUCGAAGUCACUCUGGUUAACCUCAAUGAUAACAUCGACAAGCAGUUUCUUUCUAAUAUGCUGGACAAAUGUGGAACGUCUGAUGAAAUAAGUAUUUACCACCAUCCAACGACAAACAAACAUAUGGGCAUCGCUCGAAUUGUCUUUGAAAGUGCAAAGGGAGCAAGACAGUUUGUUGAGAAAUACAAUAAAAAAUCUGUAAUGGGAAAGAUAUUAAAUGUGUUCUGCGACCCAUUUGGUGCAAUAUUAAAGAAAACUAUUGAAAACCUAACAAAUCCGGUUGUGGCGAAACCAUUAAUUGUAACGCCCCAAUCAAAUGUGCAACACGUUGCGUCCCACGAUGGCGAGAUAAAGCACGGAUAUGCUAAAAAGGAUUCUACCGAUCCUCUUAAUUGUGUUUACAGCAUAGGAGAACGCAGUAAGGAUAGAAACUGGGAUCGGGACAGGGAAAGGGAAAGAGAUCGCAACCGUAGUCGACAUUCAUCAGAGCGAAGUUACGAUCGUGAGCGUGAAAUGCGAGAAAAGUACCCAACUUCUGUAAGGCAAGAUCGCUGUAUCUACCGUCGGCGUUCUAGAGAUAUAAGCCCUGAAAUUUCUCGUGAUAGAUUGUUUAUUGCAAGAGAUAGAGUUAAAAACUCCGAUCCACGGCCACGCGACUACAGUUGUCCGAGGGAGCGCGAUUUAUUUCGUGACUGUAGAAGAUCUCGCGACAAAGCACGAGAUCAACCCAGAGAUAAAAGGGAACAUCGAUACAACUCAUCGAAAGAUCGAGAGUACCGUGAAAGAGAACGCGACCGAUCUGUUGACAACAAUAGAAGGGAGCGAGCCAGUCUAAAGUACAAUAACCGGUACACCAUGCAUGAACAUACCGAAUCUGAUGUUAGAAGGUCUUCAAACACAAAAUCUAAUUUCUAUUCAGGACUUUCAGGAUCUAGUUCACAUGACGAGAGCUACGGAUGUAAUAGUUACUCGUACUCUUCUAAUGAAAAUAUUCAGACAUGGUCUGAUCAUAGAAGUUGGACUGCGCCCCAGCUUAACUUUCAGCCUCUUCUACCUCCUCCACCGCCACCAGAAGCGGAAGAAAAUUGGGAUGACGAUGAACAAAUAGUUGAUAAAAAUGUUGCCAGCGCAAAACCUCAGUCGCCAAAAAAGAUAAACAUUAAUUCUUUGACUCCAAUUAAUACAGUGUCAGAACAAAGUACAGAAACAGGGAACGUAGAUUUAGAUACUCGGAUAGCCCUAAUAUUUAAAGGAAAGACUUUUGGUAAUGCACCACCUUUUCUUCAAAUGGAUAGUAGCGAUUCGGAAACGGAUAAAGGCAAACCAGAUGUAUCUUUUGACAGUAUUUCUGAUUCAGUUAGUUUAGAGAACAAGAAAAAGUCAUACGACAAAAAUAUGAAAGUUCUACAACAACCAAAUGGAGCAAGUGAUAUAUCAAGUGACGAAGAAAUAACAGUCAAAAAGGAAAGGUCUAAACACAGUUUUACAAUUGAAAGAGAAAAAAAUGAUGACAAUAUGUCUUUAUCGAGCUUAUCUUCUCAUGAGGAUCCCAUUCAAAAUUUAUUGACUUUGGAGGAUGAAAAAUAUAAGAAACCUAUUAUUUCAUCGUCCUACAUGUAUCAAAAUACAACAGAUCACCAUUCUUAUUAUUACCAUGCAUCUGGUUAUGGACAUUAUCCUUCCGGUUUCCCGCCGGACUCUUCUUUAACUAACAGAUGUUUUCCUAAAUCCGCCUACAUACAACCCGGGUUCUUGACAGGAAUUGGUUCAUUCAGUUUGGAUUCCUUUACUGAGCCUUAUAACUAUCAUAUGACUAUUGUUACAGAUCAGAAUGACGAGCUACGACAAAAAGUUAAAAAGGUUAUAAACUAUAUUGUCGAAGAGCUAAAACAGAUUUUAAAGAGAGAUGUAAAUAAGCGUAUGAUUGAAAUAAUUGCGUUCAAAAAUUUUGAGACAUGGUGGGACGAUCAUUCAAUAAAAGCUCGAUCGAAACCUAUACCCGAAAUUUCAGAGUCCUCCUUUAUUAAAAACUCAAAUUCCCUUAAAGAAACACCGUAUACGGAGAAGCCUUCUGACAAUAAUCAGCUUUUUAAUGCACAACGAGAAAUUUCCGAUUUUCAAUCGUUCUCAAGUAUUGGUUUAAGGGCAGCAAUGCCCAAGUUACCUUCGUUUCGGCGCUUACGAAAACUUCCGAGUCCUACUCCAAACCUAGAGAAUUUUUUGGAAAGAGAUCUAAGUGACCAAGAGGAAAUGGUUCAACGUUCGGACUCUGAAAAGGAAGAUUCUAACAUGGGAAGUUCUGACACGGCACUUUCAAACUUAAAGGGUCAAGUUUUGAACCAAGAUUCUGAUACGAAAUCGCAUACAUCAGGAUUAAAUUUAAAAAGAAAGGGAAGUGCUUCAAGUUUCUUUUCUUCAUCAUCUUUAUCCUCAUCUAGUGAAGCUGAUUACGAAGGCAACGAAUGUGCUGAAAAGGAAAAAACUAGUGAAGAAGAUAGUCUUGAAGAAUAUAAUCGAAGGAAUCUUAAUCAACGGAAAAAAAUCAAUAGGAAUAGAAGCCGGACCGGUUUAACUGUUAUUGAAGAUAUUGACAUGAAAAUUGUCUAUUCGGACUGUGACGAAUACAAAAGAGCAAAACGAGUUCGCUCCAAAAAAAUGAAUAUUUAUUCCGAUACCGACGAAGAUAAUGAAAGUACUAAAUUAAAGACUUUGUUGCCUGCGUUACAGGAAAAAAAAAUGUCAUCUAUUCCGUCUGAUCUCGAAGAUAUAAGUAAAGAUAGUUGCUUUGGAUUGGACGAAAGCGAGAUUGACUCCACAGAACUAAGAACAACUCCAAAAAAUAAUGAAGAAUGUCGCCGCUCUCUUACCCCUGUUCCGCCUCCGGACUACAAUGAAGAGGCUGUUCAAAGAAAAGAUGAUUUUAAACAAAAGUCCGUUUUCGAAUAUGAUAGAAUUUACAGCGACUCUGAGGAGGAACGAGAGUAUCAGGAGAAGAGAAAAAGAAAUACCGAAUACAUGGCACAAAUUGAAAGAGAAUUUUUAGAGGAACAAGAAAAGAAGACCGAAAAGGCUCUGGAUGAAAUCCGGUUAUCGUCUUGUACUGAAGUAGAAAGCAGAACAUCCCCAAAUGUUAAAAAUGAAGAAAAUCAAGAUAUAACAAUUCUUCAAAAGAGCACAAGUUUUAAUUUAAAUCAAUUCGUUGAAAAUAUUCAGCCUCUCCAUAACAUAAAUAUGAAAAACGAAAUGGGAGCUAAUAGAGAGCGUCAAGUAACUUCAAAUGGUUGUAACAAAUUGUGUGCAAAUUCAAAGAACGAAAACAAAGGUACGCAAUCACCAGCCUCUUCAGACGGUGGCUCCAGCCAAGCAUCGCAGGCAAGCCAGGUUGCGCUAGAGCAUUGUUAUUCGUUGCCUCCCCAUGCACAGUCGGUUUCCUUUGACGAUAUUCCAUCCGAAAGGUUAUUCGAUAAUAAAACCAUUUUGGAAAGAGAUCUGGAGACUAUUGUUCCUGAUGUCGACCAAAUGACGAGAUCAGGCCCAGGCAGACCUCGAAAGGAUUCUAGUCGUACUCAAAGGAAAAAGAAAGAUUCAAUACCUCGGAUGUCAAAUGUGAAGACUAAAAUAGCAACAUUUACAAAUGCUUUGGACGCAUUGUCACGCCAAACAGCAACUUUCGUUCCGUAUGAGAUGUACAAAGCUCGUGAUCAGAAUGAGGAAAUGGUUAUUUUAUACACUUUCCUGACCAAAGGCAUCGAUGCAGAAGAUAUUAACUUUAUAAAAAUGAGCUACUCGGACCAUUUGCAAAAAGAGCCAUACGCAAUGUUUUUAAAUAACACCCAUUGGGUAGAUCACUGUACUACUGACCGAUCCUUUUGGCCACCACCACCAAAGAAACGUAGAAAAGAUGAUGAACUGAUGCGCCAUAAGACUGGAUGUGCUCGAACUGAAGGCUUUUACAAAUUGGAUGUACGAGAAAAGGCUAAACACAAGUACCAUCACGCCAAAGCCAAUACAGAUGAUUCCCAUAAUGAAGAUCGUAGUGAUGAACCUACAGCCCUUACCAACCAUCACCAUAAUAAAUUAAUAUCUAAAAUGCAAGGCAUAUCCCGAGAAGCGCGCUCAAACCAGCGCCGACUGUUGACAGCUUUUGGUUCUAUGGGUGAGUCUGAGCUUCUAAAAUUUAAUCAGCUCAAGUUUCGGAAAAAACAGCUUAAGUUUGCAAAAUCUGCGAUCCAUGAUUGGGGAUUAUUUGCAAUGGAGCCUAUAGCUGCAGAUGAAAUGGUAAUUGAAUACGUUGGUCAAAUGAUUCGCCCCGUGGUUGCUGAUCUAAGAGAAACAAAGUACGAAGCAAUUGGAAUUGGUAGUUCUUAUCUGUUUCGAAUCGAUAUGGAAACGAUAAUCGAUGCUACUAAAUGUGGAAACUUAGCACGAUUUAUAAAUCACAGUUGCAAUCCGAACUGCUACGCUAAGGUCAUUACCAUCGAGUCUGAAAAAAAGAUAGUUAUAUAUUCAAAGCAACCGAUUGGUAUCAACGAAGAAAUAACGUACGAUUAUAAAUUUCCAUUGGAAGAAGAAAAAAUACCAUGUUUAUGUGGCGCCCAAGGAUGCCGGGGUACACUUAACUAAAACCUAAAUAUAUAUAUUACAUUUUAAAAUUAGCAACUGUGAAUUAAAUAUUCUGAAGCACGCGAA